UUGGUUGUUGAGCUCAGCAUUGAGUGACAGCAGGCAAAUACAACCAAAUGAAGUAUUUGUAACAUCGGUGCAAAAGACAUGGACAAAAAAGGGCAUAUUUUGCUAUGUGACUUGAUAGCAUCAGAGAGAAUUCUGGACUUGUUUACUUGUCUCUGACUGGAUUUACACGCCAACCUUUAUCCAUCUGAGGAGAAUCAUCUCUAAAGCUCUUACAAAUAACUGUUUGGACUUCAAGUCCGGUGCACACCGCUGAAUCAUGCAACAGACAUUCAGAGCCAUCACACACUCCCCAGGGAUACUUAUCUGGAGAAUUGAGAAAAUGGAUCUUGUUUUGGUCCCAGAAAAAUGUCAUGGGCAGUUUUAUGAAAGUGACUGCUAUUUAUUGCUGUCAACACGCAAAGGUGGCAAAACGGCAUACUAUGACAUUCAUUACUGGCUAGGUUCCACGUCUACACUGGAUGAACAAGGAGCUGCUGCAGUCUAUGCCAUUCAGCUGGAUGAGUUCCUGGGCUCUGCACCUGUUCAGUACCGAGAGGUGCAAUACCAUGAGUCCAGCAUCUUCUGUGGAUAUUUCAAACAGGGCAUUAUUUAUAAGUCGGGAGGUGUGUCAUCGGGAAUGAACCAUGUGGAGACAAACACUUAUAAUAUUCAAAGACUGCUGCAUGUGAAAGGAAAAAGGAAAGUGACUGGCACAGAGGUGGAACUGAGUUGGAAGAGCUUUGACACUGGGAGUGUCUUUCUUUUGGAUCUUGGCAAGACCAUUAUCCAGUGGAAUGGCCCUGAAAGCAACAAACAAGAACGUCUGAAGGGCAUGAUGCUGGCCAAGGACAUCAGGGAUCGUGAGAGAGGGGGUCGGGCAGAAAUUGGGGUGAUUGAGGGCGAUGCAGAGGCAAACUCCCCUUUGGUAAUGGAAGUGAUGGUGAGCAUUUUGGGUGAACGGCCCUCUAAGCUUCCUAGUGGGACACCUGAUGAAAUUACUGACCGAGAGCAAAUGUCUAAGCUCACCCUCUAUCAUGUGUCAGAUGCUAAUGGAGCUAUGAACAUCACAGAGAUUGCAACCAGUCCACUAACACAGGACUUGCUGAAUCACGAUGACUGCUACAUUUUGGACCAGGGGGGAAAGUCAAUAUUUGUGUGGAAGGGAAAGACAGCCAACAAAGCAGAGAGACAAGCAGCAAUGACCAGGGCUCUGGAGUUCAUUAAACAGAAAGGUUACCCACUCACAACUAAAGUGGAGGCUAUCAGUGAUGGAGGGGAAUCAGCUCUCUUUAAACAACUCUUCAAGAACUGGACUGUCAAAGAGCAGACAGCAGGCCUGGGCCGGACACACACUGUAGGGAGAGUGGCUGAUGUCACUCAAGAGAAGUUUGAUGCCUCUAGGAUGCAUGUGAUGCCUGAUAUUGCUGCACAGGAGCGCUUGGUGGAUGAUGGCAGUGGAAAAAAGCAGGUGUGGCGCAUAGAAAAUUUGGAGUUGGUGGAGGUCGAUCCUGAAAUGCAUGGAUACUUCUACGGAGGCGAUUGCUAUCUAAUUCUGUACAGUUAUGAUGUUAAUGGCAGGAACAGCUACAUUCUUUACGUGUGGAAGGGACGUCAUGCAUCUCAGGAUGAAGUGACUGCCUGUGCGUAUCAGGCAGUGACUCUGGACCAGCAGUAUGGAGGUCAGCCUGUUCAAGUUAUAGUCUCCAUGGGAAAGGAACCACGGCACUUUAUGGCCAUCUUUAAGGGCAAGAUGGUUAUCUUCGAGGGAGGGACAUCCAGAAAGAGCGCCCCAGAGCCAGAACCACCCGUUCGCCUGUUUCAGAUCUGUGGCUCUCACCCAACCAAUUCAAAAGCAAUAGAGGUGCCAGCACUGGUGGCCUCUCUCAACUCCAAUGAUGUCUUCCUCUUGAAAAGCCAGAAUGGCGUCUACCUGUGGUAUGGCAAAGGGUCCAGCGGUGAUGAACGGGCAAUGGCAAAAGAGGUGGCCUCCUUCAUUGGUCGAGGCUCAGCAGAGGAGAUUAUGGCUGAGGGACAAGAGCCAAUUGAGUUUUGGGAAAUCUUAGGCGGAAAAGGACCAUACGCAAGUGACAGAAGAUUACAGCAGGUUACUCUAGAUCAUCAACCGCGUCUUUUUGAAUGCUCCAAUAAGACCGGCAAGUUUAUUGCCACUGAGGUGACACAGUUUACACAGGAUGAUCUAAGAGAGGAUGACGUCAUGCUUUUGGACACGUGGGAUCAGGUGUUUCUUUGGAUAGGAAAUGAAGCCAAUGCUGUGGAGCGUAAGGAAUCUGUGACAACUUGCCAGGAAUACCUGCGGACUCAUCCUGGAUCUCGGGACCCUGACACACCUAUAAUAAUGGUGAAGCAGGGCUUUGAGCCUCCUACCUUCACUGGGUGGUUCAUGGCCUGGGACCCGACAAAAUGGAGUGGUGGCAAAACCUACGAGCAGCUGAAAGAGGAGUUAGGAGAGAUUACAUUGCCCACUAAAGUUGAUUCUGGAGCCACUGGUGUAGAGAGUAAAACCAUCUCACAAUAUCCACCAGAAAUGCUGAUUAACAAACUUGCUGGAGAACUGCCUGAGAAUGUGGACCCUACACACAAAGAGAGAUAUCUCUCUGACCAAGAUUUCCAGGCCAUAUUGGGAAUCUCCAGAGAAGAGUUUGACAGUUUGCCUCAAUGGAAACAGAAGACCAUUAAGAAGGAAAAGGGAUUGUUUUGAAAGUGAUGUAUAUGUUUUGUUAGUGCUGGUAGUGGGAGGAGGGAACAGAAACACGUUUAAAUUUCCUACUUCAAUUUUAAAAUAUUUAUUGAAAUCUUUUGUUAUAACUGAUAUUACUAAUUGUGUAAUAGUUCAUUUUUUCCGGACACAGUAAGCAUAUUGUGGUUUAAUUGUGGGAUUUAUGCUGUUUUUGGUUAAAGAAAAAUAAAAAUAUGUAUAAUUAGAAUAAUUUAGUUUGAAUCUUCGUACUCCUGUUUUUCCUUCAAGUGACAUUACCAUCUAUCCUACAACUUUUGGCCAAUGUGUAUAUAAAGUGCUUUAGAAUACAUAACAGCAAAAUGUCUUUCUUUUUUUCUUUUCUUUUCUUUGAAUGGUUUGAAACACUUUUUUAAGUUGAUGAUGUAAAAACUGAUGUGAAAUUUCCAAAAAACACAUGCACAGGAAACAAACCCAUGGAUGAGGAGUUAAAGGAGUUAGAAGACAAACUGAAUAAUGUCGGCAUAGGUGGAAUCAUACUUAAUACAUUUUAAUUCAAAAAUACAUUUUUGAAUGUUCAGCCAGUUGCUGGACUAUAACAGAGAGAUUCAACAUGAGAGAGAGAGAGAGAUGAAAAAUUGGUUAUACAGUUAUCAAGAAAGAUGGUUCUUUUUUAACAAAUGAAGUUUUUGAACUGUUCUGAUGAUUAUUCAGUUAAGGGGUUAUCCCUGGAUGGGUCACUUUUCAGGAAAUUCUCAGAAGCCGCAAUCCACAAGAAACAGGAUUUUGUGUCCUUUAGAAGGUGUAGAUAUUACAAAGUAUAACAAUAUAAGUUUUGUAGAAGCAAAACUACUCCCCCUUGUGUCAUAUUUUGGAAGGUCGAAAACACAAUCAAUGUAAUACAUAACGUGUAACAAACUAAUAAUAAUAAAGCAAUAGCUUUCAACAUUUAUGUUCUAUAAAGUAUAUACUAUUGAAAAUAACUUAAAAUGAAAAAUGAAUGUAUAUUCUGUAAAAAUGUUUUCCCACCUAUUCUGGAACUGCAUCUUAAAAUGACUGGAAUGAUGAUUUUAUUUUAAUAUUUUACUUAAUGAUUAUAUUAAUCUUGUUAAUACUGUAAAUUUAUUUUUGGGGGAC